ACGUAUGUAAUACACGGCUCUACGUGCGUAUGUAGAAUGUGUAACGAUAAAAGAAUAUAACGUUUUAACAGCUAAAUUAGUCUUAUGCUCGCGUUAAAACUCAUCUAACCUACUCCUCUUUUGCACCGAGCGCAGUAUGUGAUCUACUGGUCAGGCUAAUAAAUGCGAUUAUUAAAUACCUGGUUUAAUACCGAGUUUUGUUUUUUUACUGUGCCACUGAUGGUGAGGCAUGUGGCUGGAUGGAGCUCUAGCUUCCUUAAUUGCUUAUUUUCUUGCCUCCCAUCUUUGGUAACUUUAGUUAAGUUUGGCAAAUAAUUGUAGUCUAUUGUUUAUGUUUUUGCACGAUUUAUGUAUUUUGUUGCUCCUCUAGUUGCUCUUCACACCUUGCUCUCAUUAUGGACUCCUCUCCAGUCCUUCGUCAGCAAAGUCAGAACAAAAUCCGCCAUGACAUCAUGAGAACGAAGAAUGGACAUAACAAAGUGCCGGCGCACCCAAAGCCUUCCAAACCACUCUCCGCACCUCACCUUUCCAACAAGAAUAUUGAGAACCAGGAUCCAGGAAUCUCAGAAAUAGGUAGGAAGGCACCGGUGCGACUGGGUGUUAGUCGGCUUCCAGUGCUUGCGAAGUCCCUUCGUCUCCAAACUCCGUCCGACUUCAUUCAAACUCACUGUAGGUGGGAGGAGAAACCUCUGGCUGGGAAAACUAGGAAGAAAAAGCCAUGCACCAGGCCUGUACCUUUCAACCUGUCUCAGCCCAAGGUAUCAAGAGGGGCCACUGAAAACCAUCAACCCCUCACUGUUUCUCAAUCAAGGACCGGCACUCAUGCUGUCCAACCUGAUAACAAUGUAUGCAAUGCUCGCCUAAAAACCCAAAACAUUCAUGCAAAACCUACGAAACAGCCAGCUACGUUAAACCGCAAUGUGGACUCAACUAAAGGUACGGGGACAUCUACCGGAGAGGCUGAAGACAAUACAUACAGACAGAUUUCAGGACAAUCUGGGCCUUCAAACACGUUUAAGACGUCAGCCGUUUCUGCCAAUCCUGUAUCAUCCGUUCCCAAUAAUGCCAUGCAUCAGACAAGCGCUGCUUCUUCUGCACAGCCUGCUUUUAGUGCAGAGGCCGGUUUGGAUAACAUGAGCCUGCUUAGUCUCAAAGAUCCAGAAAAGACAUCCCAUGCUAGCCAGAACACGCAGCUGACCACAGAGGGCAGUUCCUCCGAUAAAGGGGUGAACUUCCAGUCUGAUCAUGCAGCUUUGCUCAGUAUCCUCCGGAACAAAGGAGUAAGAGCCACAGAUGUGGGAUCUGCAACUCCACAGUCCAACCGCUACAACUGCCUGCCCCAGCGAGUGUCUGUCAUGAAGAGUCGACAGAAAGCUGGACCCACUACUGGAUUAAUAAAGCCGCUGCACUUCUCCCCGGACCGUGCUGCACUGCAAAGUAUCCUGCAGAACGAGGGCGUGAAGGCUGGAGGGCCUGUUGGUGCCACACCCCGAAACUCCACCUGUCCUUCAGGCAGAGGCACUUCAAUCUACACAGCUCAGAGAGUGCCGCUCAGAAAGAAUCGUGCAGAGGCGACCGGAGGAGCAGUAGCAAUAGCAGUCAAAGAGACUCCACUGAAUAAAUGGACUCCACAGAGGGUCCGCGACACCAGGCAUCAGCCCAUGUCUGCUAUGAAAUGGCAUCUGUCAACACAACAGUCACCGUACGCCGGCACUCCUGGGCUGCGGAGCAAUAAAGCCAACCUUCAGCCGCCCCAGGAGGAGAUCGUCCAGAGAUUAUUUGAUGAUCAAGAGGACGAGUCGAGCCCAAAUAUGACAGACAAAGAUCCUGAGACACGAGCAGAGCGACUCCCAGUUCAAGUCACAACUACUGCAUCCCACUGUGGAGAACAGGUAGAGGUGAGCAGGGUCGGUAGCAACGAGGUCGUGGAGGAUCAGCAGGAGAUUGUGGGAGGACAGCCGUUCUUCCAGGCACCGCAAAGAGAGUCCGUCAUUUUUUUCUCAACGGGCAAAACGCUGUUAAGAGCUCGGCGCUUUGAGAAGCAGGAAGGCUCCGCCCGUCACCAGCAGCAUGGCCCGGUGCUGCCGGUACACGAAGAGAUGUCGUCUGUGUCAGUGCCAACCUGUGAGAUCAGCCCUCCUGUUAAAAGUCUGCACAGAGGCCUCAUUGUUCAGAAGACGUGUGCUCCGAGUCCUGUUGUGGCGAUGCUGCGUAAACGUUUCCCUCCUCUGGAGGAGCUUCGCUUGGACGAGGAGGUGGCCUCCUACACCUCAGGGUCCGUCCCGGCUGCUCCCGGUUUUCUCCCCCCUCGGCCCCGCUGUGGAAACCCGCUGGCCUCCAUCUUGCGAUCCGAAGAGGCCUUUACAUUUGUUCCGAUUGGUUUCAAUCCCUCGUCCGGCUGUUUUUCUCCACCAAGCUCUCUGCUGCAGGGGAGAUGACUUUGCACUAAUAAGUACAGUAUUUGUGUUACUGUUAAUAUCUGGAGUGGAUAAGUUCACUCUGAUACACUAAAGAGACUCUUUAAUGGAACUUAAUUAGUUUGUCCAACACUGUUGAUGCCAACGAACGCUGCUUGUAUAGUUUCAUUUAGAAACCUUGUUGUCUCUCAUUGAUGCUUUUUAAAACAAUUUAGAAAUAUGUAUUUCUGUUGAAUAAUGCAUCUUUUACACCCAUGUUAACAAAGUCGAUGCACACUUAUUAGAAACAAUGUUUAUUAAAUAAAAUAAAAAUGAAAUAAAACAACAAAUGUUGGAAAAACAAACGUCUUAAAAGGUCGAUAAAGACUUUGGACUUAAACAGUGUUAUAGCUUUAGUAUACAUCUAGAUUAGGAUCGCGUGGAGUGAAAAUGAUUCAUGUUCUCAAUGUACAAUGUUUAUAAUAAAUAUAUAUAUGACACUGUCUGUUUCUUAUUAAUUGUCAACCAUUUUGAUAAUCAAAUAAUAAUCAAAUAUUUGUUGGUUCAAGGAGCUCAAGUAUUAGGAUUUACUGAUCUUCUCUCUUUUAAAUCAUAAUACAUUUUGGACUGUUGAAACAUGUAACUUGAUGUUACCUUGAGCUCUUGCAACAUGUAAUUGGCAUUGAUUACGAUAAUGAAAUCGUUAGUUGCAUUCCUACUCAGGAUAUAUCGGCUUCUGCUACUUUGAUUUCAAUCAUUCUGUUUUUUAUUCUGUCUCUUGUAAAUCCACACGUUCUUUGCCUGAUAAUGUUAUUUUCCCUGAAGUCUUAUGUAAUGCUCAGCAUUAAAGAUGUGGAAAAAAAAUCAUCUUUAUUGCAUGAAACAAGAUCUGAAAGGUUGCCUUGCAUUCCCCAGAGUGCCUAGGUGCCAGAUGUAGAGUUCAAGCCUUUUACUGGAAAUGUUACACGGUGCACAUAUUGGCGUCAUGCGACA